AUGGAGUCCUAUCGACGCACGCUUCGCCAGCAGGUCAACACAGACAUCUUGCGACCAUCGAAAUGGCUCUCAGCGUACGAAGACCUCGUCACGACCAACGUGAAUACGGUCAACCAGAUCGAGUCGGCGCUGCGGUCUCUGACAUAUAUUAUACCCGGCCGCUUCCGCGAAUCCGAAAUACCCUCGGAAUGUGUCCACUCCGGAGUACAACUGCUAUCUAUAUACCAUGACACGCUCGUCUCGCGCGUCAUCUCCCAAUUACCCUCCACCAUCCCUCGACCCAUGCCCUCCCCGCAUGCGCGAUACACCAAGUAUUGGACGACCAAGUCGCCGCUCUAUCGCAAGCUAGCUUUAAUCCUACAGAUAAUCCAACACACCGAACUCCUCUGGGAAAUGAGCGCGCGACGGCGCGGCGAAAAGGUUCGAUGGCGGGUAAUCGUGAUGAUCGAGUUUGCCAAGGCCAUAUGUCGUCUGUUGCUAUUGCGACUGACAAACUCGCGACCGCUUGUUAGUCCUCCACUGCCCGAGAGAGAGCAAGAUCCUCGCGAAGCAGAAGCAGAAAGGGAAAGCGCAGCGGUGGGAGGCAGCUGGAAUGGAAUGGAUACACCUCCCAUUGAAGAGUUAUCAUCAUCAACGACAUCUUCGUCGUCGUCGGCGGAAAUGAGCUGGACAAUGCCGCGAACCGGCCUUACGCUUCCAAGCUUGCCAGACGCAAAUGAGAUUUCGAAUUAUCUGAUAUCCAAAGUGCUCACGGCGGACGACGUCAAAGCACCCGCAGCUCUGCUCCAUCGCGUCUCGGGACGGGGCCAGUUCGCAGAGAUUCUGUACAUAUUGCGCCCCGUGAUAUAUGCUCUAGCAAUGCAACGCUGGUCCCAGAACAAGCGAAGCUGGAGCCCCUGGUUGAUCGGUUUCGGUCUGGAGUAUGGGAGUCGGCAGCUGGCGAAGAGAGACCUUGCGGAGCGUGCUGCGGGAGGGCUGCGCGGACUGACGGGUUUGGAGAGAGACGAGCUGCGAAAGAGAGGUUGGGCAAUGGGAUGGUGGUUAUUGCGGGGGGCGUUUUAUGAGAAUUUCACCAGAUCGUGGAUUGGAGGUUUGGCCGAUAAAUUCAAGGGCAAGCCUCUUCUGGAUAUCGCUGGAGGGUUACUGGAGGACUACGAAUAUCUGUGGGAUAACUAUUACUUUUCGACGGCCAGUCUUUGA